AUGGCUUCUGACUACGACUCCAUAGCUGCUGACUACAGAAUCAUGGCUGGCACAGGGGCCCAGCCGGGUGCCUGGCCCUGGAUUGUCAGCAUCCAGGACCCCAGGAAAAUAGGCACUGGCCAUACGUGUGGAGGGUCCCUCAUCAGCCCACAGUGGGUCCUCACAGCAGCCCACUGCUUCCUCCAGGCCAGGAAUGUCACCAUGUGGCGUGUGCUGAUCGGAGCCACCCAGCUGACCCAUCUGGGCCCCGAGGCCCAGGUGCGCCACGUCAAGCGGCUCCUGGCUCACCAGCACUACACGGCUGAUUCGCAGCAGAACGACAUCGCCUUGCUGGAGCUGGACGAGCCCGUGGAGUGCAGUGACUAUGUCCAGCUUGCCUGUGUGCCCAACGCCUCCCUCACAGUGUCAGAGCUGAAAACCUGCUACGUUGCUGGCUGGGGUUCUGCCAGUGCUAAAGCCCAGCGUGUGAGUGAUGUCCUGCAGGAAGCCAAGGUCCGUCUCCUGGAUGUCCAUCUCGUUAACAGCAGCCGCUGGUACGCUGGGGCCAUCCACACCCACAACCUGUGUGCUGGCUACCCACGGGGUGGCAUGGAUACCUGCCAGGGUGACAGUGGAGGGCCUCUGGUCUGCAAAGAUAACAGUGACAGCCACUUUUGGCUUGUUGGAGUGACCAGCUGGGGAAAAGGCUGUGCCAGAGCAAAACGGCCAGGAGUCUACACCUCCACUCAGCACUUCUACAACUGGAUUCUGGUCCAGAUGGGCCUGUGCCCAGCUGUAAAAGCCACUCCAGCACCAGAGUCAACCUGCAUCUCAACCCCUUUGGAGCAGCCAGAGCCAACACCAACAUACUCAGGCUGCUCUACUCCCACUCCACAUCCACAGACAACUGUAACAGCCACUCCAACGCCACAGCCAACCUUCAGCUCAACCCCCUCUAAGCAGCCAGAGCCAACACCAACAGAGUCAGGCUGCUCUACACCCACUCUUCACCCAACUGUGAAAGCCACGCCAGCACCAGAGCCAGCCUUGACCUCAACCCCCUCUGAGCAGCCAAUGCCAACGCAAUAUCUCUUGCCUGCUCAACGACCAUACCAGGUACUGGUGGAAUUCUUAACUCAGGUGCACCAGAUGCUGCAGGAACUCAUGGGAAAAAAGCCAUGA